CGUUUACAUUCAGCAGCUCCACGGCGCUUGGUAGUCCCAAAGAAAACCCGAGCCAUGAAUUGUUCGUUGACACGGGGCGUAAUUUGAUUAAAUUUUACUCGAUCAAACCUUUUGAAAACAAUAAAGAGUCCAGUUCUCUUCACAGCACCUUGAAUUCUGACCUGCGAAUCAUUUCACCAUUUUUUCCCAACAUAAAAAUGCCACCUGAGAUCUGAUGUGAUGAUACUCACCCUUCCAAGCAACAUCAAGGCAGUGGCACCCAAUUCAUAAUUGGUGGGCAAAGCCUCUUAAGCACUACGCCCACUUUGUUAGAUUAACAAAAUUGAAGUGCAGGGCUUCAAGAUGGUAAACUAUCUGAAUGCACUCCUCUAUGGAGUGGGGGGCCUUGUGUGCACCUGCAUGGUGCUGCUGGUCACAUUCCAGGAGAAAUUGGUGUAUGUUCCUGUCAUCCCUGGCAUGACCAAGGGCUACCCAAUUACCCCUGCCAGGCUUCACCUCAACUAUGAAGAUGUUUGGCUCACUUCCGCUGAUGGAAUCCGCUUACAUGCCUGGUUUAUCAAAUACCAUCCAGACUGCACAGGUCCAACAUUGUUAUUUUUCCAAGAAAAUGCUGGGAAUAUAGCUCACCGGCUUGAGUUUGUUCGGAUUUUGUUACAGAAAUUGAAAUGCAAUGUUUUCAUGCUCUCUUACAGAGGAUAUGGAGCAAGUGAUGGCUACCCAUCUCAAGAGGGCAUUAGCCAUGAUGCACAAGCAGCACUGGAACACCUACUGCAGAGGACUGAUAUUGAUACAUCAAAAAUAGUUGUAUUUGGGAGAUCUUUGGGCGGGGCUGUUGGAGCAGUACUUACUAAAAAUAAUCUUGAAAAGGUUUCAGGAUUGAUACUGGAGAAUACGUUUACAUCUGUGUUGGACAUGGCUGGGGUUUUGCUACCUCCUCUUAAGUGGUUUAUUGGAGGCACUGGUUCCAAGGGUCCAAGGAUUUUAAAUCGUCUGGUUCGUUCCCCAUGGAAUACUAUUGAUAUUAUUGGGCAGAUUAAACAACCAAUUUUAUACAUAUCUGGUGCUCGGGAUGAGAUGGUUCCUCCAUCCCACAUGCAUAGACUAUAUGAAAAAACCAAGCACAAUCCAAGGUGCAACUUUAUUGAAUUUUCAGAAGGAAUGCAUAUGGACACUUGGUAUGUGGGUGGUGAGCGCUAUUGGCGAGCAAUACAACAUUUCUUGGAGAAAGAGUUGUCAAGCACCAAAGAAAAUGAAGAGUUGUCAAGACAGAGCUGGGAAAAGGAUUGGGAGAACUGAUAAAAAUUUGGGAAAGGGAACUGAACAUAACAUCUGGCCAAGCAUCGAAUUUGAUGUAAACUAGUUCUUGGAUAUCGAUGUGUGCUGCCAAGUUCAUUAAAUUUGGCAUAAGCCCUAAGAGCUUUGCUGACCAGUGUUUGCAAGUAAAAUAGUUAGACUUAUCUAGAGCCCUGCUACCCUCUUAGCAGUGCUUGAUGUUUACUUCAGCCUCCUGUGUAUUUUAGGCAGUUCUAGAAUAACUUUGUCUACUAAUUACUAUGGCUGCACAAUAUUGUUCCAAAAAUGUUUGCUGGAAGGUUUGUGCUGCUUUUUUGAGAAGGAUAUAAGUAUAUGCCAUUGCGAUAAUUAUUUUCA